CCUUGUAAUAAAGGAACCUUUUUAUUUCCUUCUACUGACAGACAGUGUCAGAUCCAUCCAGGUCCUGGGACGAGGGGACGGAGCUCUUUUCUUUAAUCACGAAGAGAUUGAAACAAUGGACAAUUCAAGUGACGUUAUAGAUACGGUCGGUGGUAAUGGAGGAGGAGACUCAAGAAAUGACGCCACAGCUUCAACUUCGUCCGCUGCUUCUUCUCCGAGAGCAAUAACUUCUGGGUAUCGAUUGUUUGAUCGCCAAGACUCGCUUCACCAGCUUAUGGGUGGUGGCAAAGCUGCUGAUGUACUCCUUUGGAAGUGGUGGCGUGUUUCUUUUGGUGUCAUUAUGGUUGCAACUGUAUCAUGGUUCAUAUUUGAGCGGUCUGGAUUGCCAUUCUUAACAGUUUGUUCUGAUGUGUUGCUUAUCUUGAUUGUAUUGCUGUUUGUCCGUGCCAACAUAGCUGUUAUGAUAAACAACAGACAGCUUCAAUCGUUACCAGAGUUAGUUUUGUCAGAGGAAAUGGUUAACAGUGCUGCAGCAUCAUUCCGUGUGAAAAUUAAUAAUGUUCUUCUUAUGGCUCAUGACAUUACUCUCGGCAAAGAUUUUAGAGUCUUUUUCAAGGUGGUGGUCUUUCUCUGGCUCCUGUCUACUGUUGGUAGCUACUUCUCUUUCUUCACUCUGGCUUAUAUUGGAACAAUCUUAUCCAUCACAAUCCCUGCCUUGUAUAGCAGAUACGAAGAACGUGUUGAUAGAUGUUGUGGGAUAAUCCAUAGAAAAUUAUCACAUCACUAUAAGAUAGUGGAUGAGAGUGUUAUUAGCAGAAUCCCGCAGAGUUUAUCCAAGGACAAAGACUCAUGAGUCUGAUGUACAUAUAGGUUACCGUUGAGCCUGCUUUACAGUUCAGAAGUUCAAACCCUGCCAACUUUCAUUGGAUGGCAGGCUUCAUAGCUUAAGUUUCUUAUGAAAUUAUCUCGUUCACUGCUUCAAUUACUGAGAUUAUUUCUUGUCGCUUAACAUGAGCAGCCACACCUCUCUCCAUACCCUUAGCAGAUCAAACAUAUUACUGUUAGCUUGUGUGAAUAACUGAAGUUUUGAAGCUCAGGUAGUCCGUUUUUCUUUUGGUGUCAAUUCUGAAGACUUACACUUUCCAGUUGGCGAAACCCAACCUUUGAGCCUGGAAGUUCGAAUCUCACUCGCAAUCAAAGUUUUUAGAGCUAGUUCUUCUAUCAAUUAUGCACAUGAUCUUCUCGUUGUAUUUGUUCCAAGUCCCAGACAGGUGCAGCCUGCUGGAACACCGAAUAAAUGAUUUCAAGGAA